AUGUGUGAGUUGCAAUGUCAGGUGACCUCUAAUAACGAAACAACUGGACAGUCCAGAAGUGAACUCAAAUUUGGUAUAGAAAGAUUCUUGGAUAAGGACCAUUCCAUGGAAAUUGGCGAUCAUUCAAAGCCGGCCGGUGGUUACGUGAUGUAUGGAUGUCAACUCCGACCCACUAAUAGAAUGCUUGGAAAUAACUCAAAACCAACCAAUUUGCAGCCGGCCUUCAUCAGUACCAAUAGUUCUCCGCAACAGGUCACAACCAAUGUAACUCUCUCCUCGUCAUUGAGUAAGUUUGUCAUUCCAAUAUUUUCAACUUUAUCUUCUCCAUCUGUCCAUCAGUUGUCCUACUCCAAUAUGAAGCCAUUAUCUAAAUUAAGCCAAUUGUUUCUUUCAAGAUUUGCUAGUCUCUCUUGUAAAAUAUGUGCAAAGAAAUUAAUUCCCCUUCUUGUAGAUGUUAGUGAACAUGUCACUUGCGUUACUCCAUUGAAGUCCAAUUUUAAUUAUAUUCACUCAUUUCGAGGAGGUAUUCAAAUGUCUUUCAUUCCAACUUCCCCAUCUACUACACAAAGGCUAGUUGCUAUCUCACUAGUAUUCAGGUCAAUUGGCUAUUUGCCAAGGUGA